UAAGCAUCAAAAAAUGGGUAAGACGCAAAAGAAGAAUAGCAAGGGUCGUUUAGAUAGAUACUACUACCUCGCUAAAGAAAAAGGGUAUAGGGCCCGUUCUUCUUUCAAGAUUAUCCAAAUAAACGAGAAGUAUGGUCAUUUCCUUGAAAAGUCCAAAGUUGUCAUUGACUUAUGUGCUGCACCUGGUUCUUGGUGUCAAGUGGCAUCCCAGUUAUGUCCGAUCAACUCUUUAAUCAUUGGUGUUGAUAUCGUUCCUAUCAAGCCAUUACCAAAUUGUAUAACUUUCCAAUCAGAUAUUACCACAGAAGAUUGUAGAUCUAGAUUAAGAGGUCACAUGAAAACAUGGAAAGCAGACACAGUUCUUCACGAUGGUGCUCCAAAUGUGGGUUUAGGAUGGGUUCAAGAUGCCUUUACCCAAUCUCAGUUAACUUUGCAAGCGUUGAAAUUGGCAGUAGAGAACUUGGCGGCCGGCGGAACUUUUGUAACCAAAAUUUUCAGAUCCAGAGACUACAACAACUUAAUGUGGGUUUUCCAACAAUUAUUUGAUAAAGUUGAAGCUACUAAACCUCCAGCAUCUCGUACUGUUUCUGCUGAAAUCUUCGUUGUAUGUAAAGGUUUUAAAGCCCCUAAGAAGUUGGAUCCUAGAUUGUUGGAUCCGAAAGAGGUUUUCGAAGAAUUAGCGGCUGGCCCUGAAAAUAGCGAGGCUAAAAUAUUCAGGCCAGAAAAAAAGACCAGGCACAGAACAGGUUAUGAAGAGGGGGACUACUUGUUAUAUCACGAAAUUCCAAUUUUGGAAUUCAUACGAAGUGAAGAUCCUAUUACAUUAUUGAGCAGUAACAACAAGUUGGUAGAACCAUCAAAAGAAGAUCAUGAAUGGAAAAUCUUGAAAAAGUUGAGACAUUGCACUCCUGAAUUACUUGAAUGCAUCAAGGAUUUAAAGGUUUUAGGUAGAAAGGAAUUCAAAUUAAUCUUGAAAUUCAGAAAAGAAGCUCGUGAUUUGUUGGGCUUAGAAGACAAAGAAGACCUUAAUAAAAGUGAUUUAGUCGAAGUUGAACCUUUGACAGAAGAGCAGCAAAUUGAUAAAGAACUAGAGGAACUCAGCAGUAAGCAGAAACAAAAGGCUAAGAGAGCUAAGAAAAAUGCAAACGAAUCGAAGCAGAAGGAAAUCGUACGAAACCAAAUGAAUAUGUUGACAGAUAUGAACAUAGGAAUUGAAGCUGCUCAAAUUGGCUCUGAAUCAUUAUUCAACUUGAAAACUGCCGAAAAGACUGGACAAUUGGAUAAAUUGGCAAAAGGUAAGAAAAGAAUGGUUUUUAACGACGAAGAGAUUGCCAAAGGAAAUGACAUUCAUGUUGACGAAGACGCCGAAAACGUUGCAACGGAUGACGAGCUUGACGAGUUGGAAGCCCAAUUGGACGAUAUGUACAAUUCUUAUCAAGAAAGGAAGGCAGAGAGAGAUGCAAACUACCGAGCAAAGAAAGCCAGAGGUGACGUUGACGAUGAAGCUUGGGAUGGUAUUCGUUCAGAAGAUGAGGAUGAAGAUGCCAAUCUUGAAGAGAGAGACUAUGAGAUGGAUUCAGAAUCUGAAUCUGAUUCCGAUGAUGAUGAACAUAUCAGAUUGAUCGCAGAUAAGAAGAAAGAAGGUUUAUCAAAGAACGCGAAGGUGUUCUUUGCUUCAGAUUCUAUUUUUGGAGAAUUAACAGAUGAUACAUUAUUGAAAGAAAUUGAAAAUAAGAAGUUAUCUUCAAAUGUCUCCUCAAAUGGUUCAGCAAGAAUCUUUAAAUCGCAAGAUGGACAAGAAUCGGAGGAUAGCGAGGAUUCUGAAAGUGACGAAAGUGACUUUGAGAUUAUGCCAGCAGAAAAGGAACACGAAGAAGUAGAAGACGACUCUGAUUCCGAGCAAGAAUCAAUUGCUCGCCAAUAUUCGAGGGCAAAAUCUCAACAGCAGCGUAUUGAUUUAGCAACGGUCGAAGCUAUGACUUUGGCUCAUCAGGUUGCUUUGGGUCAAAAGAAUAAGCACGACUUGAUUGAUGAAGGUAUUAACAGGAACUCUUUUAGAGAUGUGGACAACUUACCAGAAUGGUUUAUUGAUGAUGAAAAGAGGCACUCCAAGAUUAUCAAACCCAUAACCAAGGAAGCGGCUAUGGCAAUAAAAGAAAAGCAGAAGCAACUUAAUGCAAGACCUAUUAAAAAGGUUUUAGAGGCGCAGGGACGUAAGAAGAUGAGAGCAUUGAGAAGAUUAGAGAAGCUUAAGAAGAAGUCCGACUUGAUUAACGAAGACAGCGGCAAGUCUGAGAGAGAUAAGGCUGAAGAAAUCCAGAAGUUGAUGAAGAAAUUGACCAAGAAACAAAAACAAAAGCCCAAGACCACAUUAGUUGUCGCCAGAGGUUCCAACAGAGGAUUGAGUGGUAGACCAAAGGGUGUCAAGGGUAAAUAUAAGAUGGUUGACGGUGUCAUGAAGAAUGAACAAAGGGCAUUGAGAAGAAUCGCUAAGAAGCAUAAGAAGUAGUACUUUAUAGACAAUUUAAUUUAACAUGCAUAUACAUUAUUUUUGU